AUGGCCCAAAAUGUUGACACACAGCUGCUCAAAGCCGAACGCAUCUUCUCGGUUGAGGGCUGGGUCUGCCUCGUCACGGGAGGCGGCACGGGGAUUGGCCUGAUGUGCGCUCAGGCGCUGGCUGCCAACGGGGCCAGGGUAUAUAUCGCGGGCCGAAGAAAGCACGUUCUUGACAGCGCUGCCGUCGCCCACUCUCCCCACGACGGACCGGGCCAGAUCAUCCCCAUUGGCCCAUGCGACGUCACUUCCAAGGCGGACCUCGAGAAGCUGUGCAAGGAGCUGGAAUCGCGGGAGGACCAUCUCAACGUGCUGGUGUGCAACGCCGGGAUAUCCGGGCCGAAAGCAGUGCCAGACCUCUCUGACGCGACGCAGCUGCGGGCGCGGCUGUGGGAGAAGGAGGAGCCGAGCGAGUGGGACGGCGUGUUCCGGACCAACGUGACCUCUGUUUACUUCACGACGGUCGCGUUCCUGCCGCUGCUGCAGGCGGCGUCGACGCGGCCCGCCCAGCAGCAGCAGCACGCGACUGCAAGCGGAUCCCCGCGCCACCUGUGGAUGGGGGCCAACGUCAUCGUGAUCUCCUCCAUGAGCGGGCUGAUGCGCGGGUCGCAGGGCCACUUUUCGUACAACGCGGCCAAGGGCGCCACGGUGCACCUGACCAAGCUCAUGGCCACCGAGUUCGACAAGACGGGCAUCCGCGUCAACUCGAUCGCGCCCGGAUACUUCCCCAGUGAGAUGACCAUGUCGGACAGCGACGCCCGCGGCAAGAGCUACUUGUCCGACGAUAUCGUGCAGGGCAAGGGCCACCCCAUCCCCGCCGCCCGCGCCGGCAGCGACGAGGAGAUGGCCCAGGCGUGCCUGUUCCUGGCCAAGAACCGCUAUGUUAAUGGCGAGAUCUUGGUUGUUGACGGCGGUGUACUGACCCAGGUGCCCGGCCGAUAA